GUGUGUGUGUGUGUGUGUGUGUGUGUGUGUGUGUGUGUGUGUGUGUGUGUGUGUGUGUGUGUGUGUGUGUGUGUGUGUGUGUGUGUGUGUGCGCGCGGCGCUGCGUGGGGGUGUUCGCCUGAUGUCAUUUGGCUGAAAGGGAGGCUGAGCUAACGGUAGGCGCACGGGCUGGAGAGCACAACAAUAACCGUCCAGAUUCGAACCGUCAACGUCUCAUUCGGAGUGAAAUAACGCAGCGUUAAAAGAAAAGAAAGGAAAGUCUCCCCACCGUGGUCCAACGAAGAAGACGACGAAGAGGAGGAGGAGGAGGAGGAGGAGUAGAAGUAGGUGGUGGUGGUGGUGGAGGUGAAGCUGGCUAGCUAACGGUACCAGAUGCUAUUCCAGCGGAGAAGGAGAAGAACGGGCUCGAAUAAGCGGGUGAUGGGUUCUCGUACACCGUCGCUAGAAAACACACGCAAGUGAAGAAGAAGAAGAAGAGGAGGAAGAGGGGGGGUUCUUUGCUUUGCCUUGUCUUCUCCCCGCCUCCUGCCUUGUGUGACAUUGUGUCUGAAAUGCUAGCGCAGUCGCGGUCUCGGCCGUCGAGCAGCCUCUGGGCCGCAGCUCGGCACACCGAGCCCGAAUCUGGGAAGUAAGCUAGCUAGCUAUCCGCUAGCCGCAGCCGUGCCCGAUGCUGCUGCCGCUGCGGCUCCUGCUGCUGCCGCCGCUGCUACACGGAUCCGAGAGGCAACACAAGCAGGGUUCAGGGACUGAGUGAGCCUUUUGUUUGUUGUGUGUUUGUGUGAGUGUGUGUGUGUGUGUGUGUGUGUGUGUUUUUGUUUUUGUUUUUUUUUACACCUUACUGGACUACACCGGGCGUUUGAGAUGUGAUGCUUCUGCUCGUCGUGUUUGAGCCUUGUGUAGCUGGAGGCUCUCGUUCACUUGAGGAGCUAACGUUGCUGCACAAUGCACAGCAGAACCACAACAGCGGGCUCCUGUUGAAGGGGGCGAGGUUAGACUGAUAACAAGCCCACCCUGUGUCUAUCAACACUUUUUUGGUGGGGGGGGUGGGGGGUCACACUUUUGGACAAACGACUGCCACAUUUUUCCCCACUUCAUUCACCUCUUCAUCAGCUGGCGAUAUGGAUAAACUCACGAUCAUUUCAGGGUGCCUGUUUCUGGCAGCGGAUAUCUUUGCAAUAGCCAGCAUUGCAAACCCAGACUGGAUCAACACUGGUGAAUCAGCAGGUGCCCUUACAGUCGGUCUAGUCCGGCAAUGUCAGACCAUCCACGGACGAGACCGGACCUGUAUUCCACCGCGGCUCCCCCCAGAAUGGGUCACCACACUCUUCUUCAUCAUCAUGGGCAUCAUCUCCCUCACAGUCACCUGUGGACUGCUGGUGGCCUCACACUGGCGCCGAGAAGCCACCAAAUACGCCCGCUGGAUUGCCUUUACUGGCAUGAUCCUGUUCUGCAUGGCGGCGCUCAUCUUCCCCAUAGGCUUCUAUAUCAACGAAGUGGGAGGCCAGCCGUACAAGCUGCCCAACAACACGGUGGUCGGCUCCUCGUACGUGCUGUUUGUCCUCUCCAUCUUCUUCACCAUAGUGGGACUUCUCUUUGCAGGCAAAGUUUGCCUCCCAGGCUGAGGACUCGACCGUGCCCGCCUCUGGACUGACACGAGGGGCUCGGAAAAUGUUAUGGGAUUUACAAAAACACAGAAUGACUGAAAAUCAAAAACAACAAACUCUGGCCAGAAGCCUGAUACAGGGAAGUCUUUGAUUAUGUGUCAAGGGACCGCAGCACCGUGGAGUACCUAACAACUAAAAAAAAAAAAAAAAUAAUGAAAACGAACAAAACACUAAAUGGGGGGCACGAAGGGGGGGAGGAGUGUGAGAGAGGGCAGCCGAGGCUGUCUCAGCACCCUGCCACUGUUGAUUUAAAAUAUGGCCGUCUCUCUGUUGUUGUUCUGUUGGGGGAAAAAGGGUGCUUAAUGUGCUGCUGUCAUGGCAACUGCGGCCACAAUGCUGGCGCACAUAUUCUUGAGGACCACUACAGCCGCUCCUCGCCUUGACCCCCGCCCGCCCAGCUGCCCUCAGCACACGUCUGCGCCGUCACGACCGCUCCUGUUGCUAUUUUUGGCUUCUCUUAGCUAUUUCAGUUGUGUGUUUUUAUGUUGUUGUACAUUUUGUGUUCUUUUUUUUUUUCUCUUCUUCUCUUCCACCCCCGCCUCCUUUCCACUGAAGUAGCUUGAGUGUAAUUGAGGUUCACUGAACUGAAUCCUAGAGGGGAACUGGAGGGUUUUCUGCCAGCUUGGCUUUAGAGCAGAGUUUAUUCUCGCCUGUCACUUCACAAGGCCCCAGGUGUGUGGCUGGGGAGAGCAGAUGUGAGCCCAGCUGUGUGGGACAGCUCACAGGCUGCUGUGGACCAGAGGAAAGGUGCAGGUGUGCCGCCUCUUUUUUUUUCUCCGACCAGCUGCAGCUCAGGAGCAGGUAGCGACGAGGGGUGACCUCCCUGUGCAGUGGAACAGGAGGUCAAGUACCAUAAAGGAGAAUGCCACUCAAUGUAAGACCUUGCAUUAUGUUAUUCACAUGGACAGCAACAGAGUAUUAGUGAGCGUAGACGGCUAUUUUGCUAGGCUAAACCCACUGAUACGCGCUGAUAAACAUCCCUUGCCAGUAAUUAGAAGACUGUGAAUUUAGAGAACAAUCAUCUGAACAUAAACACACCUCCUUGUAUUGCUAGUAAUAAUCUUAAUUCUGAUAAGUACAGCCUCAAGAGCCGUGACCUUUUCAAACUUCGCUGUGGAGUUGAGAUGAACUCUUAUAUCACUAAUUAUAGCAGACUGUAUUGACUUUCAUAAAUAGAAACUGAAGUUACCUAAAGUGUGAAAAUAACAUAUGUGAAUGCUGAAAUUUGGUGGUAUUCUCCUUCCAUGUUGGACAGGAAAGAAGGGAGCCAGGAGCAUUUUCUUUCUGUCUUGUUUUGUAUAACAGUGAAGGCACCAGGACUGCAGGUCAGGUCCAUGCAUGGGGGCUGUGCCUCAGUGUGCUGCCCAUGAGGCCCGUGAAUGUAAAACACACACACACACACACACACGUGUACAGCCACUACACUGUCUGUACUGUGUAAAUCUACAUAUUAGGGCUUUAACUAACCAUCAUUGUCUUUUAUAGUCUGGGUUAUUUUCACAAUUAAAUCACUCUAAUUAACCUCAGAAAGUCGUGAAAAUAUGCCCAUUAUUAAGUUUGUAGAGCCCUCGGUGGUGUGUUCAAAUUGCUUAUUUUGGCCGGCGUUUAACUUUAAGAACGCACACAGCAGCGAGGUGUAGAUCAGUGUGAGCUUCAAUUCAAGUCCCACGCCACGCUUUAAUUAGCUCAUCAAAAGUUUUUGGCUGUGUUGCCUCCAUCAAGGUGGAGGUGGUGGGUUUUUUCUGGUUUGGGGCUCAAUCGUGCUCAAAGUUUUGGAACUAUAGUGGCCAUAAUUUGGGGGGAUGUAAACGGGAAGUCCUGUUUUUUUGGCCUAUAUUUUUCACAUUUUGACGAUUAAAAGUCUGCUAAAUCAGCUAUUAUUACCUCUUGCUUGCAAUGUACCCAUUGAUGUACAGACAACUAUCACUGGAUUAUAUGAUACUGAAGAAAACUGUAAAACAUAAUUAUUGUCAGGCAAAUUCUCGAGGAUUAAGUGUCUUUUUUUAUGAUUUCUAAGCAGAUUUACGGUUGUUUAUUCGCAAUGAACAUUUGUGAUAAUUAUUAAAAACCUCUGGUCUGUACAAAGUAGCUUAACACAGCCAUCCCUCAACUUCUCAACUGUCACAAGACCAGUUUAUAAACUCAUAGUAUCACAUAAGAGACAAAGCAAGAUGGCAUAUCUGAUUGCUUAAAGAAUAAAUUGAGGGAUCAAUCGAUUAUGGAAAUAGGAAGAUUCAUUUUACUUAGACUAAUUGUUUGCGCUCUUCCACAGACGCAUAUUAAAAAAACCUGACAUUAUAGGCUUAUAUUUUAUGUUUUUACACAAAUUCUGGCGAGUAUACGACCUACUGACACUCAGAUCUCCUGAAAAGGUGUGUGUGUUUGUGUUAAAUCAAUCACGGAGCUCAGUUGCCAAGUCUUAGUUUUGUUUUUGUUUUGUAUUUCCGUUUUCCCGCUCCGCUUUUCUUACUCUCGGUCUGAUGAUGUAUACUGCUAACUCUACACUCUGCAGUGCCCUGUCUUUGGUUGGUUCAGUAUUGUGCCAUGACCUGUUUUUGUUUAAUAAUGUACAGACACAAAAGGCAGGAUUUCUGUAUUAGGAAGCACUGUGCAUUCAACAGUAUAGGUAACAGAAAUAGAAGCACCACAAAUGUAUAAAAAAAGAGAACUUCUUACCUCAUUGUUUUUGUUUCUGCUAUUAUUUUCUAAUGGUGGCAAUGUGUGCCCUCUAAUUUGUCUCUUGCCUUGAUCGGAUGUCUUCACAUAAAGCCUAUGAUCAUAGGAAAUUAUUUAUCACUGAAUAAAAUGAGAAACAAUG